AUGCUACAUACUGCCGGUGAGCUCUUUGUCGACUGUUUGGCCGCAUGCCCUACAUCUAACCUGUCCGUUAAGGCCGCACCGCCCACUUCCUGUCAUGGCUUUUCGACUUUACGGCCAGUCCGUCAUCUGGUUGACAUACCUUUUGCCCCUUCAUCCGCCCCAACGGCUCCAGAGUCCCGAUUGUUCGGUUUGUCUUUAAUAGACUUGUUAGCACGGCACCUUCGUGCUCUUUUGGGAGGCAACUUUUAUCAGCCUCCUACGCCGACCGAGCUACAGCUUGCUGCAUGGGAGCAGCCUAGCCUACUAGAUGUUGUACUCACCAUUUGCGCCCAGGCCAUCUCCAGUAUAUUUCCAAUUGUCGGGCCCAAAUAUAAGAGAUCUGAACCUACAAAGUUGCGAGUGACCAGAGGCACUGUGCUAGCAGAAGAUAUGAUCUGUCUUGCUGCAACUCCUGGUGAAAUCAGGGCAAACAAGUGUCUACAGAUUGUGGCGGCCGAAGUGCUUGAGGAGAUCAUCAAGAUUCUUAUUCACUCUCGAAGCAGGCAGCUCGGCUCUUUGGCUACCAGCCUGGUAUUUCGAGCUAAACUUUCACAGUCACUGUCAAUCACCUGGCAACAGGUCUAUUCCUACUGGGCCAGCUUCAUUACAAAUGAAAGUUCGAAUCCUAGCGCAGGUAUGGACUUUUCUUAUCCGUCUCGCUACGGUGGCAUGCUGACCACUUUAGGCUCGAAUGCCACUGCCUCCACUUUCGGAAAUAGUGGUGAGGAACGCUGUCAUGAGGACUUUAAUGCUUUAUUUCAGGCAUAUUCGAGUUGCCUACCACUGUCUCUACUUUCCGGUAGUUUACUCUCUACGGUGCUGCACUGCUUGGCCUGCAGUCUUGAGCUGGUUUACUGGCCCACGACACUUGACUUCGGUCAUGACGAGAUGAUAGAGCUUCAAAAUCAAGAAGCUCGAAAUCUUCCCACGUGCCUUCGACUUCUGCUGAACACUGAGGCAUCUCCUGGUUUGCCGGUUGAAUUCCGAGAUACACAAUUCCUCCUUUUGCUUAGGUUGACAUCCACUAUCCUCGAACUAUGUCCUUUUUUCCCUACGCUAGUGCCAACAACGACGGCACAAGUUGCUCGCAGCCCUUCAUUUGGCUCACAAUCUUUAGCCCAGCAACAGCAUCAACAACCUAGUGAUGCAACUCCUUCCUGCUGGCCUUGGUUUCGGCUCACGAUACAUGAUGAUUCUGCUCCCGGCCAAAUCCGUCUUCUUCCCGCGCAUCCAGCUCAUUUGUCAAGGACCACCUCCUCAACGUGCAUCCAAAGUUCUUGCAGCUCAGACACCAAUUCUCCAACCCAGUUGAUAUACCGGCUGCCUGGCUACUUGCGUCAAAAUUCUCACAUGCUUGAUCUGCUUAUGUGCUCCGGAUCAGGCCUAACCCAGCACCAAGGGAUUGGGUGUCAGUCGCUGCUAAUGGCUUCACUCGCAUUAGGUCUCUAUAUUCCGUCCAAAAUUGUAUCGUCUGAAGAGACACCUUCAAAAGCGAUCCGACGUCCCGAGUCACACUGUAGUUCCAUGAGCCCCCGAUUAAGACUCGAUCUUCAUCCAGCUUGGUUUGACUUUGUGCUUUCAAGCUGCGCCUUCUGGGAUUCUGCGCGACCUCGAUUGGUUGCUAUCUGUGUGCACCAGAUAUGCACCAGUCUCUCUAUUCUUGCUAAGCACGCACUUGCCCCGGAGGCUGAACGUUUACCAAGGUAG